GUUCAAACAGCACGCUGACUGACAGAUAAGACCGUUCAAAUGUUCAUUCUUCGUGAUACAUAAAGCUCCAUAUACAGUGCGGCGGCAAUAUUUUGUAUCUAAAAUUCGGUCGUACGCGUUUAUUUACUAUCUUUCAUUAAGGACAAACCCAUAUUUUGAAAACCAUUUACGGACGGGAUAUGUUCUGUUUACAACGGAUAUACUGCAUUCUGUUCAGUAAGAACAAAGGGACAUUUGAGCCGCGUUCGGGAAAAACUGGACUUAAAGCAUCUUUGAAAAGUGCCAUCCCUAAGUAUAGGUCUGCACGCUAUGGAUGUAUUUUCAAUCCCACACCAACGGUUCCUUUUGGACCAGUCAGGAGAAAUAAGUACAUCGACCACUGCUCAAUAUUUCUACACUGUGAGUGAUCCAGUCGCGCCCACUCAUCACAAUGGCUACAUCCAUGAAGCGUCUGCGUCUGCAACCCAUUCUGUAUCAAGUAGUCAAUCAACGGCGAAUUCUCCAGCAGUAAUGUCACAUGGGACAACCCCAUUGGUCACUUACUCGACGGUUGUCAACCCGACACUGACGCCACAAACCACAGUGUUACUUAUCCCCACACACCCGGCGACUACCGAGGCAGCGACGCAUCCGGCGACUGUCCGUGACUGCUCGGUCAGCGACAGUGUGUCCUGCGGCUUUACAUUUAGUAUCGUAUGUUCCACGAGCGGAAAGACUUUCGCUAAUUUAUGCAUGCUCGCUAAAGCCGCCUGUCAUGACCCGAGUCUGCGACAGAUGCCGUGUUCAGGAUGAAAACUUCCGAUUCAUCUCGUACUCUUUUUAACAUAAAUAUUAGGCAAUA